AAGCCUUUGAUUAUCUCUGUUCUUCUCUAAACAGUUUUCCGUUAGUAGUUGUUGAAAAUUUAAAAAUGCCUCCCAAGAAGCAGCAAAAGGCUAAUGUGAAAACAGAGCAAAAGAAGAAGGAUAAGGUUAUCGAGGACAAAACUUUUGGAUUGAAAAAUAAAAAAGGAAACAAACAACAAAAGUUUAUUAAAAAUGUCACUCAGCAGGUGAAAUAUGGAGGAUCACCGAGCACAAGAAAGCAGGAACUACUCAAGGAGGAAGAAAGAAAAAAGAAAGAUAAAAAGACGGAAGAUGAAUUGGAUAACUUGUUUCGUCCUGUUAUGGCCCAGAAUAAAGUUGGAAAGGGCGUGGACCCGAAAUCAGUUUUGUGUGCUUUUUUUAAACAGGGCAUGUGUCAAAAGGGAGCGAAAUGUAAAUUCUCUCAUGAUCUUACUAUCGAACGAAAGAGUGAAAAAAGAAGUUUAUAUUUUGACGCGAGAGAUGAUGAACGUGAAGGAGACAAUAUGGAUUCGUGGGAUGAAGACAAGCUCAAAGAAGUUGUUGAAAAAAAACAUGGCGCAAAUAAUCAAACUAAAACCGAUAAAGUCUGUAAAUUUUUCUUACAAGCAAUUGAAGAGAAAAAGUAUGGUUGGUUUUGGAUAUGCCCGAAUGGUGCAGAUACUUGCAUGUACAGGCAUGCUUUGCCACCAGGUUUUAUACUGAAAUCUGACCAGAAAAAAAUGGAGGAUCAGAAAGAAAAAAUAUCAAUAGAAGAUCUAAUCGAAAAAGAAAGAGCUGCGCUUGGUGCUAAUGUAACAAAAAUUACGUUAGCAACAUUUUUGGUUUGGAAAAAAAAGAAACGAGAAGAAAAAAUAAAAGAAUUAGAAGCUAGCAAAGAGAAGAGGAAAAAUGAGUUUAAAUCUGGGGCACAAGCUUCAAUAAGUGGAAGAGAAAUGUUUGAAUUCCGUCCGGACAUGAUUGAUGAAGAUGAUGAAAAUGAUGAGGGUGCAACUUUGGCAUCAUCGGAACGAGAAAUUGACGAUGUAUCGGAAACCGUCAAAGAAUUAUCGCUGAAUACAUUUACACUUACGGAUAAUGUAGCAGACACUGGAGGUGAGGAAGAUGUAUCGAAUACAACAAAAACAGAUCCUUUAACAAACGGCAUUGAGAAUUCUGGAGCUGCCGGGCCAACAAAUGCUGAAGAUACGAAUAACUCUGCAGAAAAUGUUCCUGUUGAUGAAGACUUAUUUACAGAAGAUCUAGAUGAUUUAGAUGACAUUGAUGAUAUGGAAUAAUACAUACUG